AACGAGCACAUUACAUCACACUCCGUUUUUUUUUAAUAAUUUGGUUCACAAAAGUGCUGGCCCCUGCGGCUGACGGCUCAUCGAGCUAAAACUAACGCUUGACUCCAGUAACAGAGAAGUUUUUUUUAUUCACAAAAUGCUUGAUUCAAACAGCAGGGAACUUGCUUGAUUCCCAAAACACUUGACUCCUGCACUAGCGAAGUUGAUUGAUCGCCAUUACGUUUGAUUUGGGCAUCAGCGCGAAGUUGUCGUCUCCUCAUUGGACAACACAAAAGCGUCGUCUGCAUUCGCGACGCCUUUGCCUCCUCUCCACUGCACCGAACAGUUCGUGAGUCAGUGUGCCGUGUGCAAGGGAAGCCACUACGGUGUCUUGCGUCGACUUGAAAUCCGUCCAAGAAGCCUCCUACUCCUCUUGUGCGCGUCUUCGUAAUCCGUGUCACGGUCACUGGAUUUCGCCCGUCCAGGUUACGGAGUGCGCAGCAUCGCCGCGGUGUUGCAGUAGCGGUCGGCCUGCUCAGUGUUGUGUGACCUAAAGUGGUGCUGCCUUUGGAUAACGUCUCUGGCAUUGGUGUGCGACCGAGCGUUUGCUAACGAGAUUCGGUGGACGAAGUAUUGCGCUUUCGUUCCGGUCAAGAAACAGCUGACUCUCGAUCGACGGUGGUCCCUUCUCCGCUCUUCCAAGACGGUGGACGAAUCAUCGUCUCUGAUCACCGGAGGAGGCAUCGUCAGCAGCACCAGCAGAAGCGGCGGCCAUGUUGCUGUCUUCGUGGUACCGCGCGUGAGCGCGCGGUGGCGCUGCCGUUAGAGCCUGCUGCGUGAAGGAGGAGUGGAGGGGGUGCGCAUGCGCGGGCGGCCCAGCCGCACUGCAGGCUGGCCGACAGCGGCGUGAGGAAGCACUCGAGCGACGCGGCGCUGGAAGCCCCGCCUUCGGGCGCCCGCCCCAAGAUGGGCAGAGGCAGCAAGAAGUCCUCGUCAUCGGCGCCCGCCGCUUCCAACGCGCCGACGCAGGCGUCGACGCCCAAGCUCAAGAACAAGUCUAAGAGCAAGUCCAAGUCUUCACACGGCUCGGCGCCGCCUCCGCCGCGGACCAAGCCACGGGCGCAGCGGCUACGCAGCGCCAACUCUGGCGUCAUCAGCUCGCUGAACAUGCUUCAGCUGUCGCUGCUCAACAGCGGCCUUCUCCCUCUUCCGGACGAGGCGUCCUCUUUCAUACCCACCCAGCCCAUCGAGCUGGCCCGGUUCCCCAAGCACAUCGCGCUCUUCAAAAAGUACGACGUGCUCCUCAAGACCGAAUUCCUGCUUGCGACGAAAGGUGAAUCUCACUGCAUGCGACACGCCAGCAAGCCGGACAACGACAGCAAGAACACCUACAAGAAGCUCUUACCCUAUGACUACAACCGCGUUGUUUUAGAAACGCUACCCGACAUUCCUGACUCCGACUACAUCAACGCCACCCACAUAGACAGCAUUCUGAAGCCGAACGCCUACAUAGCGGCCCAAGGUCCAAAUGAGGACACCAUUAGCGACUUCUGGCGAAUGGUGUGGGAGAAAAAGUGCUACGUCGUCGUCAUGCUCACCAAGGUGUUCGACUUCAUUCGGGUGAUGUGCUGUCAGUACUGGCCCAUGGAGUUGGACAAGCCCGAGAAGUACGGCGUCAUCGAGGUGACGCUGCUCUCGGAGGACGCCAUGGCAAACUUUGUCAUCAGGACGCUCAGGCUACGAAAGGGUGAGGAGGAGCGUGACGUGUUCCAGCUGCACUUCACCAGCUGGGCGUCUCACACGCAGCCCUUCACCAACGCUCUGCUCGACUUCCGGCGAAGGGUUCGAACCUUCACCGACCGAUGGUCAGCCAUCGGACCAACGAUCGUCCACUGCAGUGACGGUUGUGGCCGCACGGGCACCUACAUGUGCAUCGACGCCAACCUUGAGCUUGCGGACGAAGACGGCGAGUACGACGUGUUCGGAUACACCAAGAAACUACGAGCUGCGAGGAAGGGAAUGGUAGACACCGUGGAGGCGUACAAGUUCGUGUACGAGACCCUGGAAGAGGCGUACGUGUGCGGCAAGACGUGGUUCCCGGUGUCCGAGCUCUCCGAGCAGCUCAAGUUCAAGUCGGCCAAGAACCCAAUCACCAAGGUCAACGAGUACCAGAAGGAGUACGAGAAAAUCUGCAAGAUGUCGUCCAAGCUGUCAAUCGGCGACUGUGCUGGCGGUCAUCGACCCGAGAACAGGGACAAGAAUCGAGACGUGGCCACCGUGCCGCCUGACAACUUCAGGCCGUACCUGACGUCAUUCCAAAGCAACGACAACACGGACUACAUCAACGCUGUCUUCGUUGACGGAUACAGCCGUUCCAAGGAGUACAUAGUGACGGAGUGGCCAAUGGUCCGGACCGCGCAGGACCUGUGGUCUCUGGUGUACGACCACGACUGCAACUCUGUCAUCGUCCUCUGCAACCCUCCGCCUUCGAACGCCUACCCUUCGUUCUGGCCAACGGAGAAGGAGAAGCGUAAGAAGUAUGGUCCCGUGUUCACGGUGGACGUAGUCUCGUACAACCACUACCCGAAAAUCAAGACGUGGAUUUUCAGGAUAAACAAGAAGGUAGUGUCGCUGACGGAGCUGAUGGCGGGCGUGAAGGCGGAGCCCAAGACGACGCAAAUCUUCCAGAUCACCUGCUGGCCCGAGCGCCACAAGGUGCCCACCUCCACCAACACCCUGGUCGAGCUCAUGAACAUGGUCGAGAGAUGGCGCCAGAGGACAACCUACGGCCCCGUUCUCGUCAUAUCCACGAACGGCAAGAGUCGCGCGGGCGUCUACUGCGCGGCCAACGUUGCCAUCGAGCAGGUGGUGGAGCACGGUGAGGUCGACGUCUUCCAGGCGGUGAGGACGGUGCGGAGGCACCGGCCACAGCUCGUCGAGAACAUGACCGAGUACAAGUACUGCUACGACCUUAUUCAGCACUAUGUGCUGCACUACCUGAACAAGGAGUGAUUACGAUGGCGGCUUGGCUAUUGCGACUUUCUCCACGCAACGUAUAUACUCAAAUAUGCGCCCUCUUCCGCAAAAGGCACAAGCAAGGAAACGACUCACUCGUGGAGGGCUUCGGUGAAAAGCCACGAUCAACUGUAAACAACGUUCACACCGAUCAAUCAAAUGUCACGCCUAUCAACGGCCAACAUUCCAAGUGGUGGCGUCGUAGGAUGGCGUCUACAGCCCAAGCGUGGGACAGUUCUUCACAACCUCGGAAGAAGUACGUGCCGGCCUGGCAUCCUACGUCCGCCAUCACCGCUGCACUCUAGCGGAAAAAAAAAACUUGAUUUAGUUAGCGUUGCUUUCCCGUUGGUUUUCGUCCUCAAAUGUAUUUUCCUACGUGGAGAGUUCUCUUUUUCGUACUUAGUGUUUGUUCUCGUGUUGGUCAGCUAGGGGUGCCGCUCUUGUUGUAACUGUCGGAGCCUCCGUAUUUCGGAGCUCCUCAUUGACUCGCGGGGCUGCUGCUUGCAGCUUCCGUGAUUGGCUCGAAUAAGCCAACGUGGCGGAGUUUGAUUUCGUCCCAGAUGGCGCACCGGCGUUGAAGCCGGUUUGUAAAUUGUCGGCGAUGAAGAAACCGGUUUGGGGCGUUAAAUUAACGGGAGCUGUUUUCCGUGGUGACGUCAUUCAGCCGACUACGUCGCCAAAAGAUGAAUGCGAUGACAAACGGUUGUUAUCGCUGUAAUGUAAGGCAUCGUGUGUGCAAAUGUGAGAAGAAAAAAAAGAAACAUGACUUGCGCACGCUUUCAGGUGCGGUCUCUCUUUCUUUGAGCUUUGAAAUGCUGUUCAAGCUUAAGUUCUUUGGGCUUAAGAAACAAGCAGUGUAGCGGCGUGGUCAUUGUGCGCAAACGAUCAUGCUUAGCCAACAGGCAGUCUGCUCAUCCGCCAUCUUGGUUUUACAGCAAAAAAAAGCAGCUCGCAACGCUUUUUUUUUUAAGUUUUGCGCUGUCUUCUGCUCUGUUUGUCUUCCUUGCCGAUUGGCCCAGAACUUGAAACAGCCUUACGGUAGGCGUCCACUGGGGCUGCGCAUUUGGCCGCCUAUAUAUGUAUACGGUGACAAUCGGAAACACAGACUCAACAAGCAGCAACGACGCAAUCAAAUCGAGUAGUUCAGUCGUAAAAGUGCAUCGCCCCGCUCCUAUUUUGGUUUACAUAAUUUUCUUAGCGGCGGCUUUCACGGAAUAAUGGCCUCGAAAGCUUAUAACUUUUAAAGCAUCAACCAACCACUUCGAAUGGUCAUUAUCGCCGUCUGUUCUUGUGUCCGCCUGCUUGCAAUAUGCGGCACACUAUGUUUCAGUCGCGACCGCCAACACUGUGCUGUAAAGCCGUGCAGUAAUUGCGGUCAUACGAAUGUGUCAUUAAGCGCUCCACAGAUACGAAGCGAUAUUUAACUAUGCUGGGUAUCGCACUUUGUAGUACGAUACUUCUACUUUAAAUAGUUAUUCAUCUAUUAGAACAGCGACAUAUGAAGGUAAUAAGUUGAUGGUGAGGCACCUGUCAGUUUACCAUGUUGUGCAUAUUAUUACCCAACUAUUUAUGUAUUCACUUUUGUGUCUUGUUUAAGCGCACACCGCUACCAGAGUCUUUACUGUAACUUGCGCAGACUCCCGUCAUUCGAUGCGUCCCAGGAUUUCCUUUCACACAAAAAAUUUUCUGCACGAAGGACGUGUUUCUCAUAUCUUGCAUUGUGGGUGGUGACGUACGAUCAUGCGGGACUCUAUACGAAAACUGGAAUGUUUCCGUGGAACAUGAAAUGGGUUGCAUCCGCAGUAGUGAGGUACAAGUUGUCCUUUUUAUUUGUUUAUUAUUGUGUGCCAUAACGCAAAUGUUGCGUAGUCCCUUACAGUAAGGCAAAACCUAUAUAAGAACUGUAGGUCUGCUGCUAUCAUCCGAUGCUUAUCAGUGUAAUGAUAUUCGAAAAUACAAGUCAGCAACGGUAAGCCUCCUCAGAAACCGCACGACUUUGCUUUUGUGUCUACAGCUGACACUAGAGGAUCUACUCUAGCGUAGCAUAAAUCGACCGCUCCGGUCCAGCUAAGAUACCUAUGCAAUUUUCACGUUCCUUUGCGAAAUGUCUUGCUUAAGCGUUGUGCACAAGGCAUGCUUUUUUAACUACGUCAGUAUAUUUGAAUGGCCUACACGUCAC